AUGGCUAAUACAAUGCACAUAACUCAAGAAGGGCCUGCGAAUGCCUUGGCACUUAAUAAAGAAAACACUCAAGUUGUGAUAGCAGGUAGAAAUGUUUUUAAAAUAUUUAAUAUCGAAGAAAAAGAAUUUAUUGAAAGCUGUAAUUUAAGAAUUGGAAAAAAUUUAAACUUGAAUUUUUCUUGCAAUCAUGUUGCUUGGAAUUUAAAUGAAGCAAAUAUUUUGGCUACUGCUGCAACAAAUGGUGCUGUUGUUCUUUGGAACUUAGGUAGACAAACUAGAUCUAAGCAAGAGCAUAUUUUCAAUGAUCAUAAAAGAACAGUCAAUAAAGUUUGUUUUCAUGACACUGAGCCUAGUUUACUUUUAUCUGGAUCUCAGGAUGGUACCAUGAAAUGCUUUGAUUUAAGGACUAGAGAAGUGUUUCAAACCUUUUACAGUAAUUCUGAGAGUGUUAGAGAUGUGCAAUUUAGUCCACAUUUGCAACAUUUGUUCUCAUCUGUAUCCGAAAAUGGUAAUGUUCAAUUGUGGGACCUUAGAAGACAUGAUAAAUAUUACAUGCAAUUUACAGCUCACAGUGGGCCAGCUUUUGCAUGUGAUUGGCAUCCUGAACUUGAAUGGCUGGCUACUGCAAGUAGAGACAAGACAAUUAAAGUUUGGGAUUUAAGCACCAAAAAUCAAACUUUGGAAUUUGUUAUACACACUAUUGCAUCAAUCGGCCAUAUUAAAUGGAGACCUCAAAGGCGAUUUCAUAUUGCAAGUUGUGCUUUAGUUGUAGAUUGUAAUAUAAACAUUUGGGAUGUUCGUAGGCCUUAUAUACCUUUUGCUUGCUUUGACCAACACAAAGAUGUUCCGACCGGUGUGGCUUGGAGAGGCCAGCCUCAUAUUUUUCUAUCAACAAGUAGAGAUUGCACUCUAUAUCAGCAUACAUUUAAAGAUGCUAUAAGACCAGCUAGUAAUGCAAAUCCUCAGGGAAUUUCACUUAAUUGUUUGGGUGAUGUCUUGUUUGCUACAAGUGUUAAUCACAAUAUCUCUGCUGCCAAAAAGUUCCCCCCUAUAUUAAAAAAACAACAAUCACAUAGUGAUAAAUUUUGUCAUGUGUCUAGUGUUCUUCGUCAAUUUUUAAGCAAAAGUCGAGAUGAAUCUAAAUAUAGAUUUAUAGAAACUGCUAAACAGUACCUUUUAGUAGGUAAAACAUUACCAGGAUUGUGCGAUCACAACGCCAGUGUUGCAGAUGGAUUUGGUCGGCAUCACAUUGCUCUAAUUUGGAGAAUAAUAAAAACCUUAUAUGGGUAUUACUUACCCGGGAAAAGUGUUAUGGAUAAUGGAAUUCUUUCAUCAAGUUUAAUGCGAAAUGAUGAGUCUUUACAUUCUUCCGACGGAAAAACUUAUAAUAAUAGUAAAAUUAUUUUACCAAGUGGUGCUAGUAAUUUUGAACCUGAGGAAAAAUUAGGAAAAGCAAAUGAAAUUUCGACCUCUGGUGUAGACGAAGAUGCGGAAACAGAGGAUGUAACUGAGCAAUACAAUAUUAUGAUGAAUUUGGGAAUAAAAUCUGGAACUGAGUUUCAACAUGAUUUUCAGUUGGACCCUUUAAGUACGGUGGAUCAAACUUCAAAUUUUUUUCCAAAGGAGACAGAUUGGUCAAUUCAAAAUGAAGUUUUUUUAGUUCGUCAUGAAAUACAAGACGGUUCUUCGCAGCCUGAACAUUUUUCUAAUCCUAAGACUUCGGAAAAUGAUUUGGAUCCUUCAAAUCUCACUAUAGAAAGAAUAUCGAAGUAUUCAAAUGCUCAAAUUUCCGUUAAUGUUUUACCGAAUAUUUCUCCGAUUAAUCCUAGUCAACUAAUUGUAGAAACAUUAAAAUAUCAUGCUGAUUUAGGAGACGUGCAAACGGCUGUUAGUAUUCUUUUCGUCUUGGGGGAAAAACGCAAAGAAUUAAACGGACUGGAUUUAGUUACUCAGGAGCAUUGGUUAUUAACUUAUUUGGAUCUUUUAGCUCGUUAUCGACUCUGGGAUGUUUCAACUGAUAUUAUUCAAUUUUGUUGGUUACCUUCCAUUAGUCAUUUAAAUCAACAAAGUACUACAGUGUACAGUUGUUGUGGAGAGUGUAACAAGCCUUUACAACGAAGUGGUUGGUUAUGCGAAAGAUGUCACAACUCUCCCACUUCAUGCAGCGUUUGCCAUCAAACUGUUAGAGGUCUAUAUACUUGGUGUCAAGGAUGCGGUCAUGGGGGUCAUUUUAGUCAUUUUGUUAAAUGGUUUAAAAACAACAAUUUAUGCCCUAGUGGUUGUGGACAUAAAUGUGAAUAUGGAUAA